AUGUCAACAGUGUCAAAUUGUAUGUCGGUGCUGCGGUUUUUUGCUAAUCAUCGCCGAUUUUCUGCAAAUCUUACGGUGUUUACAAUAAAACAAAGUCCUUUUUAUAGCACAGUGAACAAUUCCAAUAUAACUUCGUUAUCUGGAAAAUUAUUGUGCGCUCGCGCAUCGUCAACCACACAGAACAUGAGUUUUGUCUACCCGGAGGUGAGAAGGGAUGAGACAGUGGUUGAUGACUAUCAUGGAACUAAGAUAAUAGAUCCAUACCGGUGGCUGGAAGACCCCGACUCCGAUGACACAAAAGCAUUUAUAGAGGCUGAAAAUAAUAUAACCCGCCCGUUCCUGGAUUCGUGUCCAGUGAAAAAAGAUAUUAACGAACGGCUAACAGAGCUAUGGAACUACCCCAAAUAUUCGUGCCCUUUUAGAAGAGGGGAUCGGUACUUUUUCUAUAAAAAUACAGGACUUCAAAAUCAGAAUGUCCUAUACGUACAAGAUAGCCUAGAUGGUGAAGCUAGGGUAUUCCUGGAUCCCAAUAAACUAUCUGAGGAUGGUACAGUGGCAUUAUCUGGUAGUCGUUUCACGGAAGAUGGCAACACUUUUGCGUACGGUCUAUCGGCUAGUGGCUCUGAUUGGAUAACGAUACAUAUUAAGGAUGUUGCUACAGGUGAGGAUUAUCCAGAAGUACUGAAGAAGGUCAAAUUCGCGUCAAUGUCGUGGACGAAAGAUCACAAAGGAUUGUUUUAUUCUCGUUAUCCAGAACAAACAGGAAAGACUGACGGCUCAGAAACGGAAGUUAACAGAGAUCAGAAGUUGUGCUACCAUCGACUCAACACUCCGCAGGAAAGCGAUGUUAUAGUUGUCGAAUUCCCCGAAGAGCCGCUAUGGAGGAUUGGUGCUGAAGUGAGUGAUUGUGGGCGUUACCUCCUCGUCAGUCCCGUAAGAGAUUGCCGGGAUAACCUUCUGUUCUUCGCUGAUUUGCACAAACAUCCAGAAAUCGAUGGACUGCUGUCACUCACACAGAUUGUACAUAACUUUGAGGCGGAUUAUGAGUACGUCUCAAACGAAGGCUCCGUGUGUAUCUUCCGUACAAACAAGAACGCACCGAACUACAGACUGAUCAAGAUUGAUCUCAAUGAACCCGCUGAAGACAAGUGGGAGACGCUAAUACCCGAGCACCCUACUGAUGUACUGGACUGGGCUUCAGCCGUGGACAGUGACAAACUGGUCAUUCACUAUGUCAGGGAUGUUAAGAGCGUCCUUCAACUACAUAAUAUGAAAGAUGGUCAACUGAUCCAAGAAUUCAAAUUGGAUGUAGGCUCAGUGGUGGGCUUCUCCGGAAAGAAGGAGCAAAGCGAGAUUUUCUACCACUUCAUGUCGUUUUUGACUCCCGGUAUUAUCUAUCAUGUCGAUUUUAAAAAGCAGCCGUAUUCGCCAACAGUGUUCAGAGAAGUGAGCGUGAAAGGAUUCGAUCCGUCCCAAUAUGAGGCUAAACAAGUCUUCUACUCGAGUAAAGAUGGCACUAAAGUUCCUAUGUUUAUUGUACAUAAAAAGAAUUUACCCCAAGAUGGCAAUAACCCAGCCUUAGUCUAUGGAUACGGAGGCUUCAACAUUAACGUGCAGCCGAGCUUCAGCGUGACUCGUCUCGUGUUCAUGCAGCAUUUUAAUGGCGUUCUCGCUAUACCUAAUAUACGGGGAGGCGGUGAAUACGGCGAACGUUGGCACAACGCAGGGCGUCUGUUGAACAAACAGAACGUGUUCGAUGACUUCCAAGCUGCGGCUGAAUACCUCCAAUCCAUGGGGUAUACGAAACCCGCCUUGACCACUGCCCAAGGAGGCUCUAAUGGCGGUCUUUUGGUUGCCGCCUGUAUCAACCAACGACCGGAUCUGUAUGGAGCUGCUAUCGUCCAAGUUGGGGUGUUGGAUAUGCUCCGUUUCCAAAAAUUCACAAUUGGUCACGCGUGGGUGUCAGACUACGGCAGUUCUGACAACAAGACGCACUUUGACAACUUACUCAAGUACUCACCCUUGCACAACAUCCAGGCGCCUGACAAUGUGAGUCGAGCGGAAUACCCCGCGACCCUAGUGCUGACGGCUGACCACGAUGACCGCGUGGUUCCACUGCACUCGCUGAAGUACAUCGCGGCGAUACAACACUCCGUGAACGGGACCUUACAGCGCAGACCUCUCCUGGCCCGGAUCGAUACUAAGGCCGGACACGGCGGAGGAAAACCCACCGCUAAAAUUAUCGAGGAGCACACCGAUAUCCUGAGCUUCAUGACGUUGACGCUCGGUCUGAAGUUUGAGAAGUGA